AUAUUGGUGUAUAGGUCGGAUGUGACCAGUUAUAAGGGGACACACUUCCGCUAAAAAGUGUUGUGGAAAGAAGUCUGAUAUUAAACUCACCAUCUCAGAACUACCUACUCUCGACUCCCACAAUGUCGAUAUAUUCUAUAAAUGUUAAGAUGAAAGGAUUUUUGUAUUCAUAUGCAUAUUUAAACACAUAUAGUCUUUAAAUAAAAAGUUGCCAGUAUAUUCUAGCUUUUUUGUCACAGUCGUCCACAAAAGAAUAGGCAAUAACACACCGACAUAAAUGUUUACUGUCAAUAAAUAUUCCCGUAAUAACAUAACGUGUAUAAAUGAGUCCACUCUUCGGUUAAAAGUACGAUAAAAAAAAAUAUAAAGUACAAAACAAGCCCGCCUAAACGACAACAAAAAGCUUCUCUUCCGCCAAAAUGUUAACUUCCAUCUCUGGCCGAAUCUCCCGCCACGGAGAGCGUCAGGGGGCGGUCUGUCGUGACGUAAGCUCCGGUGUCUCUGGCCUGAACCAAUGAGCAUCGGGGAGCGGCCGUUGUCCGACCAAUCAAAAGAGCUACUGGCCGGAAACAGCUGCUCUUGCUUUGGAGGCGGGGAAUUAUUGGCGCUAAAGUCUGCUUGUUGGAGGAGAAAGACGGAGGCGCGCGAUCCGAGUCUGAAGACACUUUCUGACCACGUCUUUCAAGAAAAGGUGAACACGAUGCCGAGCACGCGCUCCCAGGGUCUCGCCCAGCCCACCCUGUCCUUCCCCAGACGCAAGUCCUGUCGGGGGUCUUCCGAGACCAAAGCCUCUCAAGUGGAGAAACCGUCGGCCAAGAAGAUCCAGGCCCAAACUGGACCAAAGACCCAGGCCCAAAGUGGACCAAAGACCCAGGCCCAAACUGGACCAAAGACCCAGGCCCAAACCGGACCUAAGACCCUGGCCCAAACCGGACCGAUGAAGCCCCCCCCCUUGCUGUCCAACGCCGUUCUUCUCUCGCCGAGACGCGGCGUGACGGCGGCCCCCCCCUCGCCCGCCAGGCUGCCUCUCAGCCCGCGCAAACGCACAGGCGAAGACAACGUCCUCAACGUCUGCGCUCAGCAGGCGUCUCCGCCCAAGCAGAGCAGGCCGACCACGCCGCUGACGUCCCCGCGGCGCCUGGCCUUCGAUGAAAACUCGCCCGUCUGCGUUCGCCGCCGGCUGAUCCCUUCCUCCCCCGCCGCCGCUUCGUCGCCAGGGCGACCAAGUGGAAGUCCGGCCCGGCCGAGUCAGGACCAGAAGAAGGCUGAAAGGUCCAGGUUCCUCAGCGUCAAGCAGGCGCUCCACACCGCCUUCCCCCCGCGUCUUCUGUCCCGCGACCACCAGCGAGACGCCAUCAGCUCCUUCCUCAGGGACACGGCCGCCCGCCGCCUGCCUGGCGGUCUCUACAUCUCGGGGGCACCGGGGACCGGAAAGACCGCCUGUCUGGACCGUGUGCUGCUCGACAUGAAGGAUGAGUUGCAGAGUGUGCAGACUGUGAUCAUCAACUGUAUGAGUGUGAGGACUUCUCACUCCAUCUUCCCUCUGCUGGCACACAUGCUGGACCUGCACCUUCCCGCUGGACCUGCUGGACCUGCAGGACCCCCGACUCUGCGGGCACACCUCACCUCACCUGGACCUGCUGUGCUCCUGGUUCUGGACGAGAUGGACCAGCUGGACAGCAAGUCCCAGGAAGUCCUUUACACCAUCUUUGAGUGGCCUCACCUGCCCAAGUCCCGCCUCUGUCUCAUCGGGGUCGCCAACGCGCUGGACUUGACCGAGCGCAUCCUGCCCAGACUUCAGGCGCACCCUCGCUGUCGACCCCGGCUGAUCAACUUCCCGCCAUACAGCCGCCAGGAGCUGACCGCCAUCGUGCAGGACCGCCUGGCGCAGGCGUCGGCGGGCGGGAUCCUGGACGCCUCCGCCGUGCAGUUCUGCGCCCGCAAAGUGUCGGCCGUGUCGGGGGACGCCAGGAAGGCUCUGGACAUCUGCAGGAGAGCGGUGGAGAUGGUGGAGUCAGACGGCAGGAAGACGGCGUGCCCGCAGAAAGAGGAGGCGUGCCGCGUCAGCGUCCCUCAGGUGGCGCGCGUCCUCUCCGAAGUGUACGGCGACCGCAUGGCGUCUCAGGGCGGCGCCCCCGAUGGCGAGAACUUCCCUCUGCAGCAGAAACUUCUGGUGUGCUGCCUGCUGCUGCUGGCACGCGGCGGGAAGAGCAAGGAAGUCCUGCUCGGCAAGCUCCACGAGGUCCACAGCCGCCUGUGCGCUCAGAGGCAGGUGGGCGGAGUCAACCAGGCCGAGUGUUUGUCGCUCUGCUCGCUGCUGGAGAGUCGAGGAGUCUUCGCUCUGAAGAAAGCCAAAGAAGCGCGACUCACUAAAGUGUUCCUGAGGAUGGAGGAGAAAGACGUGGAAAACGCUCUGAAGGAUCGCACGCUGGUCGGCAGCAUCCUGGCGGCCGGACUCCCUUGAGCUUCUUUUUUUUUUCCCCCCAUUUUAUUUUGUAUCUUUUUUUUUUUUUUUGAAGGUGAACUUUUAAAGGUGCCUUUUUUAUUAUUAUAAAAUUCUCAUUUUUGCUGAGGAUGUCAUUUUUGAAGUCAGGUUUGUUGUUAAAAAAAUAAACCGACAGAUUUAUUUCUUUUAAA